CCCGCCACUGCCGCUGUCGACACCAUGGAGCGGGUGUACUUCUUCCUCUCCUCCAUCAGCUGCCUGAAUCCGGUGCUCGAUUGCUGCCCCGGCAUGUGGCGCUCCCACACCACCAGCGACCUGGCAUACCGGCACCCGGACGACACUUUUGACUCCUUCAUCAUCGACGAUGACGACGAUGAGGAUGACGACUUUGAUGCCAUCCUCAACCGGCAAGCCGGCCUCAAGCCCACCGGCCAGGGGAGAUCCCUCACCUCCAUGACAACCGGCCAUAUGGCCGGCCCCCCUGCCUCUGCCCAGCAGCCCCACCUCACCUCGGGCCCUGCCUCGCAGAUGGCCCACCCACACCCGCCGCCCCAGCAGCAGCUUCCCCGUGGCCUCUUCACCCAGUACUCGACUCCGGUGGACGACUUUGCCCCGGCUGCCGGCGCCCAGGCGCCGGCCUCCAUCCCGGCCAUCCAGCCGCCGCCCCCCGCACUGGCGUCCCAGUUCGGCCACAUCGACCGGCUCAUCUCCCGGACGCUGGACACCCCGAGCGCGCCCACUUCCUUCCCCGCCGGCUUGGAUGACGGCGCCCAGUGGGGCGAUGAUGCAUGGGGGUCAUUCUCCGAUGAGGAUCUUGAUCGCGACCACGAUCUCCUCGGGGACUCCUCCAGCCCGGCCGAAUCGCCCCCCCUGCCCUCGAAGGACCACCCACAGCCCGCGGCCCCCGAGCCCGCGGCCCCGGAGCAAGUGCCCACCCCCCCGGAGGCUGCCUCCCCCACCCUGGCCUCGGAGGUCCUCGACGAGGGCCUUGCCCUGCCGCCGCCUGCUUCUGAAAUCACCACCGACGCCCCGGCAGAGCCCACAACCGAGCAUUUCUCCCUCGACCUCCCCGAUGAUGUUCUCGAACUGCUGGCCGAUCUUGAGAAUGACGACUCUCUCGGUGGGGUUCUCGGGGCCGAGCAUCUUUGAGCAUGGCCUCAUUGGCUGGCAUCCCAGCUGCGAUGGUGGGAUCCCGGCUCUCUGACACGCGCGCAUGUCACACGCCUGGUACCAGAUGCCACGGCAGGAGGGCUAGUUGAGAGAGGGAGAGAGAGAGAGAG